AUGUAUGCUAUAGAAAUUUCCAGCUUUUUUAAGAGAGACGGCACUGGUUUCGCUCCAAUAUCUACGCUAUUUUCUUUGGUGUUCCCAGAUCAAAGACUCGUUGAUCGCAUCGAUGAGCUUAGCAGGGUGGCGACUCACAGGACAACAAAUCCGGUAAAGAAUAGAAAUGUACGUAAAAUACCUUCGGAUAGUGAUCGUCGACAUCGCUUUCACUCAUCUCCGGUUCUACUAACGGUGGAGCUCGUGUCCGUGUUGAUCCUUGCGAGAAAUCUGUCGAUAUCGAGGACGUUGCGGUGUUGUCAAACGUUCUCGUGCUCCUGUUCGAAUUUCUGCGUGGGCGGAUCGACGUAG